AAAAAAAAAAAAAAAGAAGGAAACCGUAAAUUGAACACCCGAAACCAUGAAAAUCCAAGGUCGCACAUUCGUCAUAUCAGGCGGCGCCUCGGGCCUGGGACGCGCCUGCGCCGUCGACCUGGCCACCCACGGCGCCAACGUCGCCGUGCUGGACCUGAACGCCGACAACGGCGCCGCCCUCGUGCGGGAGCUCGGCCCCGAGAGGGCCCACUUCUUCGAGGUCGACGUGACCGACUCCGACUCCAUCGCCGCCGCCGUGGCCGGCUCCGUCGCGUGGGCCGCCGAGGCGGCAAAACCCCUGGGCGGCGUCAUCCCCGCCGCCGGCGUCGGCUUCCCAGGUCUGAUCAUCGACGGCAAAAGCAACCCCCUGUCGCUCGACACCUUCGACGCCGUCGUCGCCAUCAACCUCCGCGGCACCGUCGACCUGGUCCGCCAGGUCCUCCCGCACCUGACCUCGUCGUCGCCUCCGCAAGCAGCCAGCGGGGAUGGCGGCAGCGGCCCCGACCCCGACCCCGACGGCGAGCGCGGCGUCGUCGUCAUGGUCUCGUCGGCCGCCGCCUUCGACGGCCAGAUGGGCCAGGUCGCCUACGCCGCCUCCAAGGGCGCCGUCGCCUCGGCCGCCCUGCCCAUGGCCCGCGACCUGUCCCGCCACGGCGUCCGCGUCGCCGUCGUCGCCCCGGGCGUCUUCGAGACCGCCAUGACCGCCCAGAUGUCGGACAAGGUCCGCAAGGGGCUCGAGCGCGCCAUGGAGUUCCCCAAGAGGGGCGGCAGGCCCGAAGAGUUCGCCGGUCUCGUGAGGCACAUCAUCGAAAACUCGAUGCUCAACGGCGUUGUCGUCAGGUUGGACGGCGCCGCGAGGAUGCCCAGUCGGCUGUAAACCUGCUCCCGACAUCCCCCCAUCUCGACCUUGUCAUGUGGCGUGAGGACGGAGGUAUCCGGUCUGAUAGCUCAAUUACUCAUUAUAAAUACCAUAAAGCGUUGCCUCGGA